AUGAAUCCCAGUACAUCUUUAAGCACAUUUAACCAGAAGAAAGGAGGUUUCAGGACCUGCACGUUUGUUUUCGUGUUGGGAACUCUCGAGAACAUAGGAUUCGUCGCAAACAUGUUAUUUAUGGUUCUCUACUUCAGCAUGGUGAUGCACUUCAAUAUUUCGACUGCUGCAAACACUCUCACAGACUUCCUUGGUUCGACUUUCCUGCUCACCAUCUUGGGAGGCUUCAUAUCAGAUACUUACUUGAAUAGGCUCUACACAUGCCUGAUUUUCGGUUUUCUUGAAAUUACGGGACUACUGCUGGUUACAAUCCAAGCAUACUCAAAAAGGGCUGGUGGAGUUAAAGGAGUCAUUGCAGCACUUGGUGCAGAUCAAUUUGAUCAUAAGGACCAGAAGGGUGCACAGGGUUUGGCCAGCUAUUUCAAUUACUAUCAAUUUAGUGCAACCAUUGGAUCAAUAAUAGGAGUUACUGCUGUUGUAUGGGUUGCUAUGAAUAAAGGUUGGUACUGGGGUUUCUUCAUUGGUUUGGUUACUGCCUUUAUUGAAUUUGUGGUACUUGCACUGGGAAAGCCUUUCUAUCACUUCCAACCAUUAGCCAAUAGCCCCAUUCUUCGGGUAUCACAGGUCAUCAUCACUGCAAUUCAAAACCGAAAUUUGAGCUUGCCUGAGAAUCCCGACAAGUUAUAUGAGAUUGACGAAAAAGAAAGAGAUCUGUCUGAAGAAAAACUUUCACAUACCAAUCAAUUCAGGCACUCCAGCACAAUCUUGAAUCAACUGCAUUUUGUUAUAUUCUCCUAA